AUGGGCAUCGCCUUUUCAUCGAUAUUCGGAAGGAUCUCGUCCCUUUUCUCUCGACAGUCUGAAGUUCGGAUUCUUAUGCUGGGUCUUGAUUCGGCUGGAAAGACAACAAUUCUUUAUCGGAUCCAAAUUGGCGAAGUAGUCUCAACAAUACCAACGAUCGGAUUCAACGUCGAGACGGUGCAAUACAAGAAUAUUAAAUUUCAAGUGUGGGAUUUGGGAGGACAGACAUCAAUCAGACCAUACUGGAGGUGUUACUACGCAAACACUCAGGCGGUGAUCUAUGUGGUGGACUCCAACGAUAGGGAUCGGCUUCCGAUUGCAAAGGCAGAGUUACUGGCAAUGUUGAGCGAGGAUGAACUGAAAGACGCUCGGUUAUUGGUAUUUGCAAAUAAACAGGAUCAACCAAAUGCCUUAACCCCGGCAGAGGUUUCAGAGGGACUGGGGUUGGACACCCUGAAAAAUCGCCAGUGGAGUAUUUUCAAAGCAUGUGCGAUCAAAGGGGAAGGUUUGGAAGAAGGACUUGAUUGGUUGGUCACGGCGCUCCAGAACGAAACGUCAUGA